AUGGAGGAAGAGACCAUAGCUCGCGUUCAAAAGGCCUGUAUCUCAGAGGAAGGCGAUGCAGAAUCUAGCUCGGUCGAGGGUCCACGACCUGGUCGUCGCCUUGUCGAGAUCGGAACUUCCAAGGCUCCUAAAGUAGUUGGAUCCUUUCCUCCCGGAGCCCGAUAUAGCCACGGGCGGUCUCAAUGUGGCCCUCUUUGGAUGGGGGUCGAAGAGGAUCCCGACUCUUUCGGUCUAUCGAUCUUGACCCUGGAGAGGAGGGACCCUCCAGGACCCGGUCUAGGUCAUCACAUAAAAUAG